GACACUUUCAGGACCGUCAGAUACAAGGAUCGGACGGUGAAGAGUAAACCCUAGGUGCCACUACGCCCCCGGAUGUCUUUAAAAGAAGCGGAGGGCGUCGCCCAUCUCCGCAACUAAAUUCGCUACCUCGCGGCCGCCUCUGUAUUAGUAUUUUUUGCUUUAAGCUAUAGUCGCCAUGGGGAAAGAGAAGGUUCACAUCAGCAUUGUGGUCAUUGGUCACGUCGAUUCUGGCAAGUCAACCACCACUGGGCAUCUUAUCUACAAGCUUGGUGGUAUUGACAAGCGUGUCAUUGAGAGGUUUGAAAAGGAGGCUGCUGAGAUGAACAAGAGGUCAUUCAAGUAUGCCUGGGUUCUUGACAAGCUUAAGGCUGAGCGUGAGAGAGGGAUUACCAUUGAUAUUGCACUUUGGAAGUUUGAAACAACCAAGUAUUAUUGUACUGUCAUUGAUGCUCCUGGACACCGUGACUUCAUUAAAAAUAUGAUCACUGGAACAUCCCAGGCUGACUGUGCUGUUCUUAUCAUUGACUCAACUACUGGUGGUUUUGAAGCUGGUAUCUCUAAGGAUGGCCAGACUCGUGAGCAUGCUCUGCUUGCUUUUACCCUUGGAGUUAAACAGAUGAUUUGCUGCUGCAACAAGAUGGAUGCAACCACACCAAAGUAUUCCAAGGCCAGGUAUGAUGAAAUCGUCAAGGAGGUUUCUUCUUACCUCAAGAAGGUGGGUUACAACCCUGAGAAGAUUCCUUUUGUCCCCAUCUCUGGAUUUGAGGGUGACAACAUGAUCGAGAGGUCUACCAACCUGGAUUGGUACAAGGGCCCAACCCUUCUCGAGGCUCUUGACAUGAUCCAGGAACCAAAGAGGCCAUCAGACAAGCCCCUUCGUCUUCCUCUUCAGGAUGUGUACAAGAUUGGUGGUAUUGGUACUGUCCCGGUUGGACGUGUUGAGACUGGUGUCCUCAAGCCUGGCAUGGUUGUUACUUUUGGUCCAACAGGUUUGACAACCGAAGUUAAGUCAGUUGAGAUGCACCAUGAAGCUCUCCAAGAAGCCUUCCCUGGUGACAAUGUUGGCUUUAACGUGAAGAAUGUUGCUGUGAAGGAUCUUAAGAGAGGUUUCGUCGCAUCCAAUUCUAAAGAAGAUCCUGCAAAGGAGGCUGCUAACUUCACUUCUCAGGUCAUCAUCAUGAACCACCCAGGCCAAAUUAGCAAUGGUUAUGCCCCUGUGCUCGACUGCCACACGUCCCAUAUUGCAGUCAAGUUUGCUGAGAUUCUCACCAAGAUCGAUAGACGUUCUGGAAAGGAGCUUGAGAAGGAGCCAAAGUUCCUCAAGAAUGGCGAUGCAGGCUUCGUGAAGAUGAUUCCGUCCAAGCCCAUGGUUGUGGAAACGUUCUCCCAGUAUCCUCCACUUGGUCGUUUUGCUGUGAGGGAUAUGCGUCAGACUGUGGCCGUGGGUGUCAUCAAGAGUGUCGAGAAGAAGGAUCCUACCGGUGCUAAGGUCACCAAGGCUGCUGCCAAGAAGAAAUGAGAUGAUUCAGCUCUGCAGCAGUGUAAUGUUAUACAUGUAGGUGCUUAGUGGCUGAGGCGACGAAAGCCUUCGAUGGUUUUCCCCCAUCAACCCCUUUUGGUGUUUCUUUCUUGCGUAUGUUUGCUUAUGUGAGUCUAAGUGCAGCUGUCUUGGGAGAUUUUAGGGUCUCUACUCCCUGGCAGUUCGGAAUAUUUAUGUGAAAUUUAGUGGCCCUCAGAAGAGUUGUGAACAUUCUGCUUUAAAAUAAAAAUUCUAUGUUUUUGGGUC